UUCGAAUAGCGAAGCGGAAGCGCUGUGCGUGCAGGCAGAUGCAGUUCUGCGUGACGAAUGACUGUAAAUCAAAACAAGACGACCAAGACUAAAGCGAUUCUGUUUACUUCAUAAACCAAGAUGCCUUCUGAAAAGGCAAAAGUUAUACCAGUGAUGGUCGCACUUCGGUGUCGCCCACUCAUUGAGAAGGAAUUGAAAGAAGGCUGUCAGCCUUGUCUGCACACAGUGCCAGGGGAACCCCAGGUGGUUCUAGGGAAGGACAGGGCGUUCACUUACGACUUUUCCUUUGGCCCAACAGAUCCACAGGGGGAAGUGUAUGAGAAAGCCUGCAAAACUUUGAUAUCAAGUAUUUUCAAAGGCUAUAAUGCGACAAUUCUGGCAUAUGGACAGACUGGCAGUGGGAAAACCCACACAAUGGGUGGAUGCUAUGAAGAUUCGCUGACAGGGGAUGAAGAGGGCAUGGGAGUGAUACCUCGAGUUUUACAAGAUCUGUUUCAGCAUAUUCAAGACAAAGAGGAUAUUGAAUUCUCAGUGAGAUUGUCUUAUAUGGAGAUUUACAAUGAAGAGUUGCAUGAUCUGUUGUGCCCAGUUGCACAGAGGGCAACACUCGCGAUUCGAGAGGAAAGCAAUGGUGGAAUAAAGAUCCAGGGACUGAGAGAAGUGGAGGUGACCAGUUUCACGGAAACGAUGAGACAUCUGAGUGAGGGUUCACACGGACGCACCACUGGGGCGACUGCCAUGAACAACACGUCGAGCAGAUCUCAUGCCAUCUUCACGCUUAAUAUUGAUCAGAAAAAGAAAAGUGAUAUGAAUGAUUAUUGUCGGGUUAAAUUCCAUAUGGUAGAUCUUGCCGGGUCGGAGAGAUGUAAGAGAACACAAGCUGAGGGAGACCGGUUUAAGGAAGGAGUGAAUAUCAACAAAGGUCUUCUGGCUCUGGGUAAUGUUAUCAGCGCCCUCGGGGACGAAGGGGAAAAGAGAAAUCACAUUCCCUACAGGGACUCUAAGCUGACUAGGAUUUUGCAAGAUUCUUUGGGUGGCAAUAGUCACACUUUGAUGAUUGCUUGUGUGAGCCCGGCUGACUCCAACAUUGAGGAAACUUUGAACACUCUGCGGUAUGCGGACAGGGCCAGAAAAAUCAAGAACAAGCCUAUCAUCAACAGGGACCCACAAGCCGCUGAGAUCAUGCGACUGAAAACUUUGGUGCAACAACUUCAGGACCAAGUCAUUAAUGGAGGCCUAUCCACACUCAAGUCUGACACCAGCAGUAGUACCAUCGCUUCUGUAGACAGCAACGCUGACGAGUUAGCAAAACUGACACAGCGGGUGAAAGAGCUGGAGAAAGAGAAUGACCAUUUGACGAGAGAGCUGCAGCGAUCGGUGGCAGAGAGCACCAGCAUGCUGGACCAGGUGAUGAAGCUGGAGGCCAGCAACGACAGGCUCAAGCUGAGGAUCAACCAGAUCAAAGACUACGUCGGGAUUGAUUUGGAACUUUUGAGCUCCAGUGUUGACGUGGAGAGUAACCCUCAGGCCAAGGCUGAGCUGGAGAAACUCCAGAAACUGACGCAGACGGUCAUUGAGGACAACACAGAGGAGGAGGAAGAGGAGGAGGAAGAUGCUGAGGGUAAAGAAGAUGAGGAGGACCAGAAGGACGACGAAGACAUUGGGAAUGAGGAGAACGAGAAGCCCGGAGACCCCAUGUCCACCCCCGAGUCGCGUGGCUUCCAGCAACAGUACGCCCUGCGCCAGGCUGAGCUGCACCGACAGCUGACGGAGAUCACACGCAGCCUGAACAGCAAGCAGGCGCUGGCAGACAAAAUGACGCAGAGGGAUAAAGAGAUGGAGUCCAUGCAGGCCAAGUACGACGACAUGAUGAAGGAGUGGCAGGCCAAGACUCUGCAGCUGGAGAGAGAGAAGGAGCAGCUGACACAUACGCUCCACGAUGCCCAGGUCAAUGCCAAAUCUCAGAAGGUGUCAGAACAUCGCCGUGUGCGUCUGAAGGAACUGGAGCAGCAAAUGUCACAACUGAAGAAAAAGAUGACGGAGCAAACCCGUAUUGUGAAGAUGAAGGAGAGCUCGGACAAACAAGUAUCACGACUCAAUGUUGAAAUUCAGACUUUGAAACAGAAUCGUGUGCGGCUCAUGAAGCAGAUGAAGGAAGAAAUGGCCAACUUUCAGAAGUGGAAGCGAGAGAAGGACAAAGAAGUGAUGAAAUUACAGCAGAAGGACCGAAAGCGAGAUGUGGAGGUACAGAGACUGAAGAAAGACUUCGAAAAGCAGCAAGCAGUGCAGAAAAGGAAGACAGCCGAAGCUACAGCAGCAAACAAGCGACUGAGAGAGGCACUGGAUAAGCAGAAGCUGGUGCAAGAUGAGAGAACUGGGAAACUGGAGAAGUAUGAUUCUGCCAGCAUUGGAAACAGAGUCAGGAAAUGGCUGAGUCAUGAGCUGGAUGUGAAAGUGAGCAUGCGGGAGACCCAGUACCAUCUGACGGUGCUCAUGCAGAACCGGAAAGAGCUGACUCAGCAGUUGCAAGCACUGAGAGAUCAACUGGAAGGAGGUCCCCUGCUGGAGAAAUUCUCGUGGCUGGGCGAAAAUGGAGACAAAGAUGAGAUCAGUUUUCAGGAGAAAGAAAUCCAAAAGCAGAUGAAGUCCAUUCAGCUUGACAUAGAAUUGAUAAAUGUUAGUAUUGAGGAGCUCCAGCAGAAGAUUGUGGAAGCUGAUCAGGAGUCAAAGGGCAAGUCAACAUGGCAGAGUCUGCAUACAAUGAACGAAGCCAAAUGUGCCAUGAAGUUCCUGUUGGAGCAGGCCAUCAAUGCUAGAGCAGACAACGUGAAGGCUAGCGACGAACUGAGAGAAGUUCUUGACAAAGAGAAAGAUGAUGUCCGAGAAGUGAAAACACUGAAGGCUGAGUUGAGCCGAGAGGCCGCCAAGCACCAGAGAGAGAUGGACAAACUGAGGACAGAGUAUGAGGAGAAGACUCUUUUCUUGCUGAAUGCUGAUCCUCGAGGCAAAAAUGCGAAACCUACCAGCAAAGUUGCACAAGAAAAAAUUAAGCUUUUGGAGGCGAAGGUGGAGCGACUGUCAGGCUUGGAGGACACCCACCAAGAAAAGUUGAAGGAGUUGGAGCAGAUGAAACAAUGUCCGUCUGCGUCCUCUGCCCCCCAGAAAAUGACCACCAUGAUGUACAGUAGCAAGGCCUACCGACUGAUGCCCGAUCUGGACAUGGGCGCCAACUCCUCACCGUUCCUUAACCCCAGGCCCAAGUUGGACACCAGUUCAUCCACACUGAACAGUACCUUUGUUGUGGAUGAGGAACAGGAAGAGAAACCGCAGCCUACACGGGCCGUACUACAAGCCAAACGGAAAACUAGGUCGGGUGACAAGAACAAUGAAACAUUCACGUCUUCAGAAACGGAGAACGACUCGAGUCUUGGCACAAAGAGCAGGCGGAAGCAGAAGGGAGUGAAGAAAGAAUUGAUGGAGGAAUUUUCAGAGAACAAAGAUGACAGUGUGAAUGAGCCGGCAGAGAAAAGGUUGUCGUCCAACUUUCUGAAACGGCGGUCCGGAGAGGAUCCCUCGGAUGACACUGAUUGCGAUACGAGCCGAGAGAAAAAGAAGAAAAGGAAAAGGACCCUGCUUUGCAACUCCACCAAAGGAUUCUUUGCUGAUCUCAACACACCAUCCUGAGUGAUGAUGAUCUAUUAGUAAUGUAUUUGUGUAGUAUGUGACAAAAUGAUUUGCUUUUCGCACUCAGCUAUUUCAGGGUCUGGGACAGAACUGCGAUUUUCUCAUUUCUGACUCCCCGGCUUCAUGCCUUUAACUUUGGAAGCAAAGUGGAUAGACUGAUACUGUUUUCACCCUCUUGUAUGGCUUGAUGAAAAGAUCCCUUCAAUGGCAUAUUGACACCUUUAAUACAUCAUGGAAUAGCACAAUUUUCCACAUCUUGAUGUACCAGGGAAUGCAAAGAGUUGUAAGGAAAGGGCUGAUUUGCUUCUCGUAGUGUUGUAUUGUCAGAUUGUGCGACAUUAUAACUCAUUUUGUCAUGUAGUGUUGUGUGUCUACAUCCGUAGUUGUUCCGUGCUUGUAUGAGUGGUCUGAAUGAGUCAAACGGUACUAAAACUAGACUUUUAUUAUCUCCCCCUUUUUUUUUCUCUUUUCCUCCUUUUUUUUGGUCUCCUGUAUAUACGAGCAAAAUUUGCCCUACAUUACCAGACUUCUACUUGACAUCUUGUCAGCCCAGCCUGCACCUCUAAGAUUCCACAAUUUGAAAGAAUGAGAUUAUGUUUUGUAAAAUCAAAAUCUAUGUCAAUGUGGCUGGAUGUCUCUUUGUACACUGUUUGGAUCUCAUGAGUGAUGUUUUCUUGUACCUUCGUCUGUCAUCCAAGCUUGUGUUCAUUCUUUUCUCCUUCUGUCCAUCUUUGUGUGUGCAUGUUUGUCAUAAGUGUAUUGUAUUCAAGACUGUCAAAGUACUGUCUCGCUGACAAGCUACGAUCAAUAAUGGCCUUCGUCAGACCAAAGCACCAUGCACAGAGCAGAAAUGUCAAAUCCCUAUUUGCUAUGGUUUGAUACAAUCAAAGAUAGUGCAUAACAAGAUGGGCCACUCAGCCAAAAAAGUGUCCGCAGGAAGUUCGCUCUUUGCUUCAGAUGGC